AUGGACCGCUCACGGCAGGACGCUUUUGCAAAGCUGCGCCCCCCUUGCGUGGAACUCAGCUCCGCAGGGCUUAAAUUUCGAGCUAACCUUGCGACCUCCAAGGAUGUGCUCAAGGCGUUGAAACCACUGCAUGCUGCGCUCAUCGAGGUUGCCAGUAUGCAUGGCUUAGAUGAGAAACUUGCAGAGUACACAUUUUUCCCUCUAUCGCACAUAUUCAAUGAGACCCAAAGGGUCUCGGUCCACUGCCUAGAGCUGGCCGUGCGGUGCCUACAGAUUCUGAUAGAGAAAGGAUGGCGUCAGAAUAUUUCUAUUCCGAUGGGAAAGCAGCUGCUUAUCCUCCUUACCAUUGUGGGUGGUGGUGUUCCCGGUCAAGGUCAAGGCCAGCAGAGGCCUGAUUCGGAAGAGUUAGUUACCGCCGCAUUCGAUUGUAUAGGAAGCGUGUGCCAGGUCCUAGAUGGGCCAGCAGCUGCAUCAGCCAUAUUCAAUGAAGUGGGAACAUCCACUAUCAUUGAUCAAACUGUCUAUGUUUUACUGGAAGGUAUCACGGACGGUAGUUCUGACCAGGUCCAACUGGCUGCAGCAACGGCUUUACGGACCUUAAACACGCGCAUCACCCAUCGUGUGGUGUUGGCUAGCCUUUUACCCAGGAGUGUCUCUUCAUUGACCAAAGCGCUGCGGCCAACCACUCAAAUGCGGCGAUCGUACCAAGUUUUGUGUUGCUACCUCCAAGCGCUCACAGAAAUCUUGAAGGCUGUACUUAAUGAUGCUGAUGUUGCAGCUUCAAAAGCUGAAGGAGAAGAUGCUACGAAACGAAAAGCUAAAGACGUUAUAGUCCUCGAUGAUUCGUGGCUAAAUGCGACAGCAUCCCAAGUAAAGCUUGCGCUAGGCAACGUGAUUCGGCUGAGAACCCAUGAAAGACCUGAAGUUCGCCAUUAUUUACUCGAAUUAUGCCUCAUGGUCAUUGAGCGAUGUCCGAGCUCCCUCGCAGCCUCACUGUCGAUGAUGGUAGACACCGUCGUAGUGCUCGCCGAAUAUGACAAGCAGAGUACGUCAAAUGAGGCUUAUGUAGCUUUAAAACAUCUCGUCAUCUCAUCCGGCCCGGUCUUGGAUCUUCUCAAAUCAAGCUUGCACACGUGGAUUAUUGCAUUACCGAGAAUGAUGCAAUCAAAUAACGAUACAGCCAAACAUAGGGCAAUUAGACAAAUAUCGACUGCGUUCCAUGUCCUAUCCCAAACUCAACCAAGCUCGGAUAUUUUAGACGAUACACUCGCUACAAGCUUGUGCGAUAGUGUUUCUGCGGCAAUCCAAACCAUUUCAACAGCUCCUCAACCCCUACCUAGUUCUUCUGCCACAGGGUCCGAACUCAGCAUUCCUGUGGAUGAGAGCAAUUCUCUAUCAUUUCAACCUGUGCUACUAGAACACCGCAGCCAACGAAGAACGCUGUCAGAGCUCCAAUCUAUGAUUUCGGAACUUAGCGCCGCAGAUAAAUCUCUAUCACUAGUGCGUUCGAUGUUAAAGAAAGUAUACGGAUCGUCUAGCGAUGCCGUCUUGGCUCCUUUUUGGCUUACCCUCUCAUUUAUAAAGAGUAUUCCAGCAGAUAUAGCAUCACUGGAUGACAUGCUUGAUCUGGAUUCUGACUCACCAUCUCGCGCUGCCAUUGUCGAGGAGCUAUACUCAAUUUCACUUCCGCUACUAUCAAGUUCUAAUCCUCCCGAUUGGCGUCUCCCUGCGUUAGCCCUUGAAGCUGUAGCACUUCAGGCACAGCAGCUUGGUGAAACAUUUCGGCCAGAGUUGAUUGACACCUUAUACCCUGUGUUGCAGUUGAUGGGCUCCAACAAUCCUAACUUGCGAAAUCACGCUAUUACAUGCCUCAAUGACUUGACGAAGGCGUGCAAAUAUCCCAACGCAAGUGCAAUGCUUGUCGAAAAUGUUGACUACCUAGUGAAUUCGGUGUCUCUGAAGCUAAAUACGUUUGACAUAUCGCCGCAAGCUCCCCAAGUGCUACUUAUGAUGGUUAAGCGAUGUGGAGCUAGUUUAAUUCCUUUCCUGGAUGACUUAGUUGGGUCGAUAUUUGCAGCUUUGGAUGCUUUCCAUGGCUAUCCUAAGCUAGUUGAACUUCUAUUUUCUGUGUUGGGAACUAUUGUGGACGAAGGUGCAAAGAAGCCAGCACUGCUAGCCAUCACAGGGUCAGAUGGGAAAGAAGUCGUCAAUCAUCGGAAGAGGCCUCUCGCAUCCCGCACCAUUUCGGAUGUUGCGAACCUAUUCAAAGGGCGCAGGGAGAAAUGCGCUCGAGCUUCUGAAUUUGAAAUGGAUGGUGACUCGGAGCGAAAUUUUCAUCCCAAACGUCCAUGGACUGAUCAAAAAGAUGGUCCUGAGCAUAUAGAUGAGGAUAAAAGCGAUAUAGGUUCUGAGACAGACGAACUGCCACCUCCCACUGAAGAAGAAAAGCCACUGAGCAGUUCUCACAAAUUACUCUUAGACAUCGCCAAAUCUAUGCCUCCCCAUUUGUCCUCGCCGUCGCCAUUCUUAAGGCGCUCGUUACUAUCCAUUCUAACUCGGGCGUUACCCGUUCUUUCUCAUGACGAAAACUCCUUCUUGCCUUUGAUCAACGACCUCUGGCCAUCCAUUAGCGCACGCAUCACCCUCCCACCAAAUUUCCCCUCCGACUCCACGUCGCUUACAACAACGAAUACUGUCCCCAAACGAACCCGAGACAGCCCAUCCAGCAUCGACGAAUCCGGCAUACAGGAAGAAACCUUCGUAACUGUCGCAGCCUGUUCUGCAAUAGGUACUAUUUGCGAAGGAGCCGGCGACUUCAUGUCAUCCCGUAUUGAACAUGAAUACCCGCUUUGGAAGAAACUCUACCUCCGGUCCUGGGAGCGAGUGCGGCAUGAUUCAGAGAAGGCCGCAGAGCGCCAGCAGCUGCGAAUACGGCAGCAGGAGCUCCUCAGUUCUCGCACCGGGCCGGAGCUAGAAUCAAUAACACUUGGCAAUGGUCAUAGUACUAUUGAUGACAAACUUGCCGCAUCCACCGCCACGGCCUCAACACUACAGUCCAAUCCACCGCCGCGGCCACCACCAUUACCAAACAAGAAAUUAUUUACUCCCCAUCACUCCCUAUUCCAGGCUUUAACAAACCUUUUCACAACUAUGCUCUCUCACGUCCGUCUGCCUGACGAUAUCAGUGAUGAUAUCUGCGAGUGUCUUGGUACAGCAAUCUCGUUCUACCAGCCCGAUUACUACUUCACAGGUGCAUGGCGUGAACAUAUGGGGUUAGAUGAGAAGAAAACGACGGAGAAGUGGGCACAAGAAGAGUCAAGGGGAGAAAUUGAUAGAGCCAUUCGAACAAUGGAUGCGUGGAAUGCCGAUUUAACUUGGUUUAUUUUCACGAAGAAGAGGAGGGCCAGAGGUGGUGAUGGUGGUGCGAAUGGUGGUGCUACUGACAAACUUCAAAGGGCUGAACGGAAUAUAGAGAAGAGGAUUGGCGAGAUGUUACGGAGAUGCAAUCCCAGGCCGAAGGAACAUAUCCAGACAGAGUUGCUUUGGACGGGAAUGGGAAUGGGAAUGGGAAAUGGCUCAUGGCCGUUGGCGAAGCUAGUUGAUUUGGUUUGA